UUCUUGGAUUCUCCAACAAGUACAAGCACACCCACUUGUGUUUCUUUAAGUAGGUCUGUAUAUGUAUCUAAGGAAGCAUAUGAGGAAUUCAAACAUGUUCUUCUAGCCUUUAUAUAUGACAAAGCUGAUCAAACUUCUCCAAUGGCAAAUGAGGUGCGAUAUCUUACUCAGAGGUUGCUCCUUGAAGAACGUGAUCCCCCUGCAACCCCACAUGAGAGUCUAUAUGAAGCAGCUCCUUUUGAUGAGGUGGACAUUCAAGCUCUCGCACAUGCUAUAGAGCUCACAAGACAAGGGGCAAUUGAUAGCUUGAGAUUUUCGAAGGGUGAUUUAUUUCUGGCAUUUCAGAAUGAAUUAUGUACAAUGAGUUUGGAUGUUUCCAUGCUUGAUGAGCUUGUUUGUGAGUAUUGUGUUUAUAGGGGAAUUGUGGAUUCUAGCCUGGCAUCCACUUCAGCAUCAGACAUGCAAACAGUUUCCGAACCUAAAGCUAAUCAACCAAAGCCUGGGUACUGUUCAUCAAGAAAUUGUUCUCUUGAAGCGGAUUCAGGUGCCAAUAAACAUUCCGACGGUGAGACCUCCAUUAUUAACAAUACUCACAUGGAUGCUUUUCCUGAAAAUAUUGCUGAUGUGAGUAGUAGGCAAGGAGUGGAUGUUGAGUUAUGGUAUGCUUGUGAGCCAACGCGCAACUAUGAAGACUGUAGCACCAGUGGGUUGCAUCAGCCUGAAAAUCCAAGGGUUCUGCAGAGACAUAGAACCCAUGGAACUGGAGAAAGGAGUAAACGCAAGCGUUGGAGCCUUGGAGGGGAAGACAUGAUGACCAAGAUUCAUGGAACCACUGCCCUUGAUGUCAUCACCCGGAUAAAGGGCCAGAGAUUGGCGAAUGAUCAACGGUCCUUGGGAAUGCCUCCAUCUAUCGUGUUUUGUGGAGUAUUUGCUUCUCAUUUCAACUAG